UAAUGCUAACUAAGAUAGUAAAGAUAAUAGCAGAUAAGUGAAGACUUACACUAAUUAUAGGCCACGUUUUUUGUUUUGUUUUAAAGAAACAUUCUCCUAAUAAGACUUUAUAUUGAAAGCACCUACUCAUUAUUUCUUGUGACUAUCAAAUUUCAAUAGUUUCACAGAUAUGCCGUCUAUGGGUCUUAUGACGACGCUGUCUCUGGUGGAGAGCGGCCUGGCUUUAAUGCUGUGGGUGGUUGCAUUCUCCACACGUGGAUGGAGCGUAUGGUCCGCCGGUCCAAUCGAUGUAUCAAUAGGUUUGUUUACAUUUGAUGCUGCAGGCACUGUUGGUGACAACCCAACAAGCGAAAACCCUUUUCUAACGACAAUUGCAUUAGAAACGAUUGGAGGCGUUUUAAUGUUUGCAGCUGUGGGACUUUUGGCCAUGUCUGUAUUUAAAAAGAACAAACUGUCAUCCGUGGUAUUCAUGUGUGCGGCAUUCUUGUCAGGCAUUUUCAUUUUCGCUGCUAUUGGCUACUACAGAGUGAAUUCCAGUGCGACGAUAAAUAAUCAGAAGGUAACAGGCUUAUCUAUUGGUUACAGCUGGUACCUGGCCAUGAUUUCUGGAGUUUUGAUCUUGUCAGCUCCAGGUGCUCUUUUUGCAGCAAUGAGAAGAGGAGAAAUUUCUUUUGGGGGUUAUUAAAGAGCGAUUCAAACAAACAGACUUGUGAGAGUGUACAGGACUAUCAUUAAACUUGAUCUUUUUUUUUUAA